CCGCGGCCGGGAGAUCACCGGCGUCGGUCCGCGGCCACGGCGCCCGUCCGCGCCCCAUGGGGUCACAGAUGGACACACUGAAACUGGAGCUGCUUGAUUUCAAUCAGAAUGGAUGACCAGUGAGCCCCAGCGAUCUUCCUGUGCCCACUCCUAUCAGGACUGCAGUUAUAGAGACUGUAGAAGAGGUAACAGCAAGACUUCCAGAUGAACAACCGAAAGGAAGAUAUGGAAAUCACAUCCCACUACCGGCACUUGCUUCGUGAGCUCAAUGAGCAGAGGCAGCACGGUGUGCUGUGUGACGUGUGCAUCGUAGUAGAGGGCAAAGUCUUCAAGGCACACAAAAACGUUCUGCUCGGGAGCAGCCGCUACUUUAAGACAUUGUACUGCCAAGUGCAGAAGACAUCCGACCAGGCAACAGUCACACACCUGGACAUUGUCACGGCCCAGGGCUUCAAAGCCAUCAUUGACUUCAUGUAUUCUGCCCACCUGGCCCUCACCAGUAGGAAUGUCAUUGAGGUAAUGUCGGCUGCGAGCUUCCUACAGAUGACAGACAUUGUACAGGCUUGCCAUGACUUCAUCAAGGCUGCCCUGGACAUCAGCAUCAAAUCAGAUGCCUCAGAUGAGCUGUCAGAAUUUGAACUUGGCACUCCAGCCAGCAGUAGCACAGAGGCCCUGAUUUCAGCUGUGAUGGCUGGAAGAAGCAUUUCCCCAUGGUUGGCAAGGAGAACAAGUCCUGCCAAUUCUUCUGGAGACUCUGCCAUUGCCAGCUGUCAUGAAGGAGGGAGCAGCUAUGGGAAGGAGGAUCAGGAGCCCAAAGCGGAUGGCCCUGAUGACAUUUCUUCACAGUCUCUAUGGCCUGCAGAUGUGGGCUAUGGGUCUCUGCGCAUUAAGGAAGAACAGAUCUCGCCAUCACAUUACGGAGGAAGUGAGCUGCCUUCCGCCAAGGACAGUGCAAUACAGAACUCUUUCUCAGAGCAGGGCACUGGGGAUAGCUGGCAGCCCACAGGCCGGAGGAAGAAUCGGAAAAACAAAGAGACAGUCCGACAUAUCACACAGCAGGUAGAAGAGGACAGCCAGGCCGGCUCCCCAGUGCCCUCAUUCCUGCCCACAUCGGGAUGGCCAUUUAGCAGCCGAGACCCAAAUGUGGACCUAACUGUCACUGAGGCCAGCAUCUCCGACAGUAGAGGGGAGAGGGCUGAACUCUACGCACACGUCGAUGAGAGUCUCCUGGGAGGAGAAGCCAGCUACCUGGGUCCGUCCCUCACCCCAGAGAAGGAUGACUCUCUACACCAGGCCACUGCAGUGGCCAACCUGCGAGCGGCACUCAUGAGUAAGAACAGCCUGCUGUCACUCAAGGCUGACGUGCUCGGGGACGACGGCUCACUGCUGUUUGAGUACCUGCCCAAAGGUGCCCACUCACUGUCUCUGAAUGAAUUCACAGUGAUAAGGAAGAAGUUCAAGUGUCCCUACUGCAGCUUCUCAGCUAUGCACCAGUGCAUCCUCAAACGGCACAUGCGUUCACACACUGGGGAGCGACCCUACCCCUGCGAAAUCUGUGGCAAGAAGUUCACGCGGCGAGAGCACAUGAAGAGACACACGCUGGUGCACAGCAAGGACAAGAAGUACGUUUGCAAGGUGUGCAGCCGCGUGUUCGUGUCCGCAGCCAGCGUGGGCAUCAAGCAUGGCUCACGGCGCCAUGGCGUAUGUGCAGACUGUGCUGGUCGGGGUGUGGCCACACCGCUGGACCAUGGCGGAGGUGGGGAGGGCUCCCCUGAAGCACUGUUUGCUGGUGAAGGGCCCUAUCUAGAGGACCCUGAUGACCCACGAGGGGAGGGUGAGGAGGAGCUGGGUGAAGAUGAGGAUGAAGAUGUGGCCAAAUGGAAGGAUGAUGUGGGCCUGGCACAUGAAGACGUGCUGCUAGGGGAUGACAAAGAUGAUGAGGACUCGCCGCGAGGGCCCCACAGUCCCUCUGGGGAGCCUGACAAGGACUUUGCCUGGAUCUCCUAGGGGCUCUUCCCUGGUGGGUGGGGUGGGUGGUGGCUGCAUCACUUCACCCACCUGUGUGUGCGUCUUAGUGGGUCUUUACUCACCUGGGCACAGGGUCCUGUUGACUCCUUAUAGCCCCUUCUCUGGGUCCUCCCUGAGUCCCUUACUGUCUCUCCUGCAGAAAAUGGUCCUGUGAGUUAAGAAGCAGGUAUUAUCCCAGAGAAUGGGGAGCACUGGGACAGAACAUGAAGUGGGGGCAGUAUGGUGUGGGUUUGAGCUAAGGGAGAAUGCAUGCUCCCACCUGUCCAGGGGUGAACUGAGUCCCCAGCAGGUGUGUGGAUGGGGCUGCAGCAAGUCUUGGACAUGCUUCCUCAGGGCACCACCCUCUGCUCUGGGCUUGGCCAGGGGUACAAGAUGGCUCAGUGGCCAAGUCAGGAUCAGCAAUAGUCAGGAUCAUUAAUGCAGUCACAGAAACUACAGGUCUAGUUUUGCAUACACCCAAAUUGCUUCCAUCCAUGGCACUGUUCAAGCACUGCCCCAACUCCAGUAGUCAAGUCACUGACUAUGGCCCCCAGUGGGCCUCUUGGUUCCUUUUGUCCUGUGGCAGCUGUAGAAUCCAGGUCUAGUGUGCAGACAGCCCUGUGACCCUUUACCUUGGGGAUUUGGUGCUUAAUUCAAAAUGGCUACAGAUUCCCCUCUGGAGGCCCUCGGCUCCAGGUGCUAUUUCUGGUGUAAGUGGCCAUAGCCAGCAGGCCGAAGAGAAAGGCAGGGCUCCAUCUGUUUGGCAGCCCAGCACAUUUGUGUCCCACUUCAGGCUCACAGAAGGUUUUGUUGCAAGGCCACAGCUCUUGGUUCUGGGUGCACUUCCUAAAAGAGCAUGGGCCCUUUCUCCAGCCACUGGCCUCUACCCGGGCUCCUGUUCAACCUUCCUAAGACCAGCUGGGGUUUGGCUCCUGCCUUUGUUGCUGCUAACACUAGAAGCAGGUAUUUCUGCUGGGACCUUCCUGCCUGGGUAACCAAAUUAUAAAGUAGUCAGAGACAUUUUGAGGUAGUUACAGCAAAUUACUUCGCUUCAGUUUUUCCCACUUGACAGGACUCUAGGGUUAGUUUCCUUUUACCUCCUGGUCAAGUCCUCUCCCUGUCUGUAUAUCUAAAGGCGCUCACCAGUUCUUUCUUCCUGAGUGAAAAAUUCAGACUCCAUCUCAGCAUCACAAAGAGUCCCAGGGAGGCAAGCUGCUCUUACCCUGCAGGGUAGACACUGGGGUCCUGCCUCUUCCCUUCCUGCGGCAGUGUCCAACACGGCACUGUCAAGACAUCCAUCACUCACCCACCUCACCCCCUGCAGGCCCGCAGGGUCUGCUGAGGUGCUGCUGUGCUUUAUCCCGCCCUAUGCAAAGGCUCCUCCAGUCGGGCUCCUGAGCACUAAGCCCAACUGGAACAUUUGGAUUUAAAAACAUUUUUUACUGUCACAUCUAUUCUCUUUAGGUGAGUAAAGAGAGAAACCCCACAAAAAUAUAAGUUAGGUCCCAGCAUCCAUACAGAGCACCUAUCACCUGGUGACAUUCCCUAAGUACCAGCUUCCUGAACCUUUACAGAGGGGCAUAAGGCUGGCUUACAGGACAUGGUGCUGUUUCUACAGGCCAGUGCUACAGGGAGGAGUCACAGCUUUUAUUUAUUUAUUUUUUUGGCGGGGGUGGGGUGGGGGGAGGAUUAAGGUAGGAUCUCGCUGUAGCCCAGGCUGACUUGGAAUUCACUAUGUAGCCUCAGGCUGGCAGUUCUACCCUUGCUUCCCGAGUGCUGGGAUUAAAGGCGUGCACCACAUCUGGCUUUUGUUGUCUUUUUAAGUAAAGUUAGUCACCUUUUCCCAUUUCAGUGGCCAUUCCCAAUGGGCCUGCAUACAUAGCUCUUAGCAAGAGUGCUAUGGGAUGUUCACAGCCAGUCCUUAAGAAUGGGACCAAAAUUAUCUUACAUAUGGAGUAUGGGAUCAGCAGCCCGAGAUUCUCUGGGCCCUUCUACUCAUUGCCAUCUCCCACUCAGAUGAACAAGCUCUGGGAUACAUUUCCCAGUAGGACAAUAUAGCUAGACCCCUUUUUACCAACAAAGCCCCAGGGUGGGUCCCUCCAUCCUCACUAGGCCUCUCUGAGUGAACUCAGACCUUUGUAUCCUUUCUCCCACUUUUAAAAUGCCUUUUCUAAACCCUUUCUUAUAAAAUGCAUUUGGAAACCAGACCUUUGCUACCACUAUCGUUCUUCUUCUUCUUUUUUUUAAUCACUUGCCACUUCUCAGGCUGUCCUGCCCAAGACCCUCUGGCCCACCUCCCCACAAGGCUCCUGUGCCUCCACUCUUAGGAUGUCUUGUUAGCUCCCCUUCUGGACUGCUUUGGGGUCCCUGUUGGUGCCACAGGGCACGUUCUUAUAACCAAUAUGAUACUAAACACCAAGGGUCCCAUUUCAUGUUCCAUCACCUUCCCCAAUGAUUGCUAUGUAGCAGGCUUUGUUCUUUGUGAUCAGAGUGGAAUUCCAGAGACCCAGAUGAACACAUCCAUCUCAGGAGGCAUGGAGGGAAAAGACAUAUGUAAUGAAGGUUUUUUUUAAAUGUUUUUUUUUUUAACCAAUGUUCAAACUAAUAAAUAUUUUUUUAUGAAGAGGAAAAUAUGUAGACUACAUUUCAUUUUGUAUUUUUUUUGUGUGUAUUUUUGGUGUUUGUAACACCAAAGUGAAAAAUACACUCCAUGGGGAUAUUGCCUGGGCGGGGGAGGGGGGAACCACAUUUUGUAUGGAGCUCUGGAUCCUGACUGAGUUGUGUAUUUGGACUUUCUGGGUUUUGGGGAACAGGACACUGCCAGUAGUCGAUAGGGACCUGACUCAAGACACAGCUAUGCUUCCAACUUUGCACAUCUUCCUUUUAAAAUAAAAAAAUUAAGAAAAUGCAAAAACUGGAACUUUUGCAUUAUGAAAGAUAAUCUUACUUUGGCUCAUUCUGUAACAUGCAACUCUUAAGAAAGCCAUACUUGAUGGUGUUGUCUUCAAUUUUUAGAUCUUGUUUUGUAUGUGGCCCUUUUAGAACCACUUUUAGUGUGGGUGCUGUGUGUGUAUUUUUCUUAAAUAUUUAUUUUUUUCAACCUGUCAACAAAAAAUAGACAAAAAAAGGGCAGUUUGAAGACUGUUGACUUUUUUUUCUGGGGAUAAUCUAUAUUAUAUUGACUUUAUAUUAUUAUAAACCUGUGUUUGUAUUGAAGAUGUGUUUAAUAUUUGGGGGAGGAGGUUUGUUGUAAUCAGUCAGUGGGGUAUCAAAGCUCUGUUGUCCUGCUUCUCUGUAGCCAGACAGGUAGAUUACCUUCUUUAGAGCGGUUCUCGCGUUUGUCUGCCUAAAUGUGCUCCAGGCUGCCUGUGGGUUUCCUUUCUGUGAUGGAAUUAGUGUAGACAUCCUUGCAAAAUGCUCACUUUCAAUAAAUUGAGAAAUUGCUGCUCCAA